CUAAACUUACCGACAGUAUCCGCCGUUACUUUAUGCAGGUAUUGUUAAAAUGAUGACACAAUCUGGUCUACAGCAGCUGUUAUUUCUAAUGGCGGUGGCUUCAGCAGAAAUGCGACAAGAACUUUAUUCAGUGGCACGUGGAUAUCGCUUAACGAACCCACCCAUGUCGACUGUGGGCUAUAAACCUACCAAAUGGUCUGCAAUGUGGUGUCUGAAUCACUGUCUGGCUUCAUCUUGUGCAAGUGCUUCGUUCAGUCAGACUGAGGGUAUCUGCGAACUACACAGUGUGAAGUUGUUCGAUGGUGAUUCAACAUUUAUGGAAAGCAACGAUUGGGUUUACAUGGAACCCAGAUCAGAUGUGUUGUCCUGGGACGGGUGGACAGUGGUGUUCCGGGGUCAGAGUGAAACAGGGACGUCCAUCUACUCAGCGUGGUUGGACGACAACCUCUACCACGACCACCCACUUCUACCACCUCGAUUGAAGCCUGGCUGUUUCUCACCCAACACAUCUCGUCCUUGUGAUGAUCAUUUCAGAAGCAAGAUUAUCUCUACAUGGGAAACAGCUAGUGUACAGCUGGUGAAAGUGCUACUGAUGAACAACAAUCAAAUUCGAAGUGAAAUUAUCUUUAAUGGGACCGGAACUAACAAGAUGUCCUGGUUUUCGCCUACCAGAGUGAUUAGUUCAACAUGGACUGAUCUCACGACGUCAUCUUUUAAUUAUUUCAGUAUCACAGGACAUCCAACUACUCGUCGCUUCAUGAUCAGCCACGCCUACGAUUUCUGCCCCGAAGAUGUAAUGUGGAUGAUGGUCAUCGAUGGAAAUGAUGGAAGUCACCCAUGUGACUGGGAUACCCCAGCAAUGAUACCCAAGUUCCUCUACACCACCAACAGUGAGAUGACCACCACGGGGACGCUAACAGGUAAUUCAUGACGACAUGUACAGCAUAUGUCAGCCCAGUGCCGGAUCCAGUGCUCUCCAAAUCAACACGCUAUCAAUGGA